CCGACUGACCGGCGACCGCCACCGUCAUCCUAUCCAAUCGCAACAAUGGUGAUGGCACUUUCUCUCUCUUCCAGUCGCCCAACUGCUAUAAAUACCUUCCUUCUCAACGCCAUAUCCAAACCACGCUUCAACACCACUUAUCAAUACAGACCUUCAUUUUCUUCACCCAAUCAAGCUGGUGCUUACAGGGUAGGGUAUGGCAGUGAGGCAGAACCCAAACACAAGAAGGAAAAAGUACCAGCAGAGAAAAAAAUGACGAUCAAGCCGGCCAUCCGGAUCUCCUCCGACCGGAAUCUGUUGGUGAAGGACCAGACGAUCCUUUCCGGCGUGCCGGAGAACAUAACCCCGACCUCCGGCGCGGGUGAGGGCCCAGCGGACGGCGUCUUCCUCGGGGCGGCCCUCAACCAGGAAGGCAGCCGCCACGUUAUCCCGCUUGGAACCCUGCGAGAUGUCCGUUUCCUUGCCUGCUUCCGAUUCAAGCUUUGGUGGAUGGCCCAGCGAAUGGGAGACAGAGGCCGCGAAAUCCCCUUAGAAACCCAAUUCCUCCUUGUAGAAACAAAGGACGAUGUUUACACAGUGUUCCUCCCCAUGGUGGAUGGCCCGUUCAAGGCUUCCCUGCAAGGGAACGAGAUGGACGGCCUUGACCUCUGCCUCGAGAGCGGGGAUUUAGACACUGUUUCUUCCUCCUUUUCCCGAGCUGUUUAUGUGAGCUCGGGCUCCGACCCGUUUGAAACUGUCCACGAGGCAAUUCGGGCCGUGCGGGCUCACCUGGGAAGUUUCCGGAUGAGAGACGAGAAGAAGCUUCCGGGGAUUGUGGAUUGGUUCGGGUGGUGCACGUGGGAUGCCUUCUAUCAGGAGGUGACUCAAGAAGGAGUGGCCGAAGGGCUCGAGAGCCUUAUAUCCGGUGAGACCCCUCCCAAGUUUGUUAUAAUUGACGAUGGCUGGCAAUCGGUCGAAAAUGAAGAGAAAGGUGGUUUGCUGAGACUUACAGGGAUCAAGGAGAACCCCAAGUUCCAGAAGAAGGAUGAAGGGAUCAACAACAUAGUGAGGAUAGCAAAGAAGAAUUACGGGCUGAAAUACGUGUACGUGUGGCACGCCAUUACAGGGUAUUGGGGAGGAGUGAGGCCCGGGGAAGAAUACGGUUCGGCUAUGCAGUACCCUAAAUUGUCUAAAGGGGUUAUGGAAAACGAGCCUGGAUGGAAGACGGAUGCUAUAGCUGUUGAGGGUUUGGGUUUGGUGAAUCCCAAGAACGUGUACCGGUUUUACAAUGAGUUGCAUAGCUACUUGGCGUUGGCUGGGGUGGAUGGGGUGAAGGUGGACGUGCAGUGUAUAUUGGAGACGCUUGGGGCAGGGCUUGGGGGAAGGGUCGAGCUCACCAGGCAGUAUCAUCAGGCGCUUGAUGCAUCUAUUGCCAGGAACUUUACUGAUAAUGGCUGCAUUGCGUGUAUGAGCCACAAUCUUGAGUCACUUUACUGCUCGAAACAAACUGGUAUUGUGAGGGCAUCGGAUGAUUUCUAUCCGCGAGAUCCCAUGUCACACACUAUCCACAUAGCUGCGGUUGCCUAUAACAGCAUCUUCCUUGGAGAAAUAAUGCUGCCUGAUUGGGACAUGUUCCAUUCUCUCCAUCCGGCGGCCGAGUACCACGGCUCGGCCAGAGCUAUCAGUGGUGGGCCUGUCUAUGUCAGCCUUUUGAAGAUAUGGAAUAUGAACAAGCAUACGGGCGUGGUGGGAGUGUACAAUUGCCAGGGUGCCGCGUGGAACAGUGUCGAGAGGAAGAACACUUUCCACGAGACGAAAUCAGAGGCCAUCUCUGGCUACGUGAGGGGCACGGAUGCCCACCUUAUCAGCGACGUGUCUCUCGAUCCUGAAUGGAACGGCACUGUGGCUCUCUACUCACACAGAGACUCCCGAGUCAUCGUGUUGCCGCAAAACGCGGCCUUGCCAGUCUCGCUCAAAGUGCUGGAGCACGAGAUUUUCACGGUCACGCCUGUCUGGGCUUGUUGUGGGCCUGGGCUCGGGUUUGCUCCGUUUGGGCUCAUUGAUAUGUUCAAUGCUGGUGGCGCAAUCGAGGGGCUUCGAUACGAUGUGCGGGCUGACGAGGCUUUGGCCAUUGUCUCGAUGGAAGUGAAGGGAUGUGGACGUUUUGGCGCUUACUCGUCGACUAGGCCUAGGAAAUGUAGUGUCGGAGGUGAUGAGGUUGAGGUUGAGUAUGAAGUGGGUUCUGGCUUGGUGACUCUCGACUUGCUCGAGAUGCCUCCGGAGGACAAGAGAGUGCAUAGCUUAGUGAUUGAGUUGUGAGUUUUUUUGUCACCUUUAUUUAUGCAUGUUUUGAUGGGGAGUCUUGAUUUUUAUUAUUAUUAUUGGGGUUGAUUUGGGCAUGGAGUUUCGGAUUUCAAGAACAACCCCCCAAACAUUGUUGUACUCUCAAAUCAUCUUCGUGCUAGCUGGAAAUUCAGUGGCUUGUAAUAAUAGUGAUACCCACCAUAGGAAUUUGUGUGGAACUUCCCAUUCUUUUUGUUUCUUUUCGUUCUUAUUUGGCAAUUGUUUUGGUAUCCUAAUUGUCAAGUGGUGGCUUCACUUCAUUAGGGUUGAUUCGUUUCUUAAGUGUUGUUUUUGUCACAAUCUGGACUUUCUGUUCAGGAAAACAAAAUUGUUUUAGUGUUGAUGAAUGGGCUCUCGUGAGAAUGCUAAUGUUGGUUAGCAUUCAACCAUAAAAAAAACUUUAUAUUCAUUUUUAUAAA